UGUUGCAACUGCCAAAUGCAAAUCUUAUUCGAUUCAGCACUCAAAUACUUGAUAAUAGCCUACUCCUGCUGUUAAAUUCCAUAUUUUCAGGAAACGAUGGCUACAAUCUCACUAGCAGAUGGUGCCAUCGGGAUCCUUCCACACCAUCUUUUUAUAUCCUCAGGUGUUGGUAGGCCUAAUUUGUUCGUCACUCCCAAGAAAUAUUCUUUAACCUGUAGAAAGCACUCGUAUCAUAAAAGAAAAUUAUUAUACAAAAGUGACUCCCUCUUCAAAUCAAGGGAUGCUGUGUGCUGUAGUGUGGGUGAGUCUGGUGAGGCUUCGAUAGAUAUUGCUAGUGAUGGUACUGUACCAGAAGUCAAUGAAGAUGCCUUGAUGGCAGCUAGAAAAGCACUUUAUGAGACACAAUCCAGACAAGAAACCUUAGAAAAGGAGAGAGAUCAGUUACUUAAGGAGUUGGCUACAUCUAAGGUUAAGCAACAGGAAUUUUUAGCAAAAGUAAUGGAUGAAAAGAAAAUGGCAAUCAAGGCAGCGGAAAAAUUGUUUAAGAAAAAGCUGAAGGAUUCAGUAAAUAAAAAUUUCAACCUGGAAUCCAAAUUGGUCCUUGCAAAACAAGAUGCUGUAGAACUUGCAGUGAAAGUUGAAAAAUUAGCCGAGAUUGCAUUUCAACAGGCAACAUCUGACAUAUUAGGGGACACACAGCUGAACAUCUUGGCUGCAGAAACUUCUGCAGUUGAAACAGCCUAUCAGGUUGAAGAAGAAAAUGAGACUGGGAGAUUGGUGCUAGAAGCAGAAAGGAAGAAGGCUUCUUCGAAGAAUUUGAAGGUCGAAGUGGAAGCAACCAAAGGUUCAGUUGAAUCCUCUAAUGAGGUAGCACCAUUGAAAGAUGAGGCAUAUACGAGAAGAUAUGAAACUCUGCAUAGGGCACCAAAAGCAGCUGAAUCUGCUUCGAAGAUAUGGAGGCAAAGAGCAGAACUUGCAGAGCCUGUCUUUCCAAAGAGCCGACUGCUAGAUGAAAGGGAUGAAGAUGCAAUAGUUGUUGGUGGAAGAUUAGCUCUUCUAAUUGAUGAUGAUUCUCAGAAAUCGAAGCUGCUUAGUGAUGGUCCUCGUAGAGAGAUACCAGACUGGAUGGCGCGAAGGAUAGGUUCUGUUCGUCCUAAGUUUCCUCCUAGAAAGAUUAACAUUUCUGAAGCCAAUACAUCAAAAUUUAAGUCUCUGGAAUUGCCUAAUCCUGCUGAAGUAUGGUCAGUUGCACAAGCAAAGCCAAAAUAUGGGGACACCCUAAUUGAACAUGUAAUUGAGAAAGAGUUCAUCGAGAAGAAACGGAAGGCUUUAGAGCGUGCCCUGCAACGAAAAACGAUUCAAUAUCAGAAGACUCCUGAAGAAAUAACACUAGAGCCAGGAACUGGCACAGGACGUGAGAUUGUGUUUCAAGGUUUCAAUUGGGAAAGCUGUAGAAGAAGGUGGUACCUGGAUCUGGCUCCAAAAGCUGCAGAUUUAUCUCGCUGUGGGAUAACGGCAGUGUGGCUACCUCCGCCAACUGAAUCUGUUGCUCCACAAGGGUAUAUGCCUUCUGAUCUCUACAACUUGAACUCAGCAUAUGGUACCCAGGAGGAGCUGAAGUAUUGCAUAGAGGAGAUGCACAAUCAACAUCUUCUGGCCUUGGGAGAUGUUGUACUAAAUCACCGAUGUGCUCAUAAACAGAGUGCGAAUGGAGUAUGGAACAUUUUUGGCGGCAAGCUUGCUUGGGGACCUGAAGCAAUUGUUUGCGAUGAUCCAAAUUUCCAGGGUCGUGGAAAUCCUUCAAGUGGUGACAUCUUUCAUGCAGCACCAAACAUCGAUCAUUCACAGGAUUUUGUACGAGAAGACGUAAAACAGUGGCUGAACUGGCUCCGGAACAAUAUUGGUUAUGAUGGGUGGCGCCUUGACUUUGUGAGGGGAUUCUCAGGUGGAUAUGUGAAAGAAUACAUCGAAGCUUCAAAUCCCGCAUUUGCCAUUGGAGAAUAUUGGGAUAGUCUGGCUUAUGAAGGUGGUAAUCUAUGCUACAACCAAGAUGCACAUCGUCAACGUGUGAUUAACUGGAUCAAUGCCACUGGUGGUACCUCAUCUGCAUUUGACGUAACAACAAAGGGAAUUCUACAUUCUGCAUUGCAUAAUCAGUAUUGGAGAUUGAUAGAUCCUCAUGGAAAACCAACAGGAGUAAUGGGAUGGUGGCCCUCACGUGCUGUCACUUUCUUGGAGAACCAUGAUACUGGAUCAACACAGGGUCAUUGGCCAUUCCCACGUGAUAAGCUUAUGCAAGGAUAUGCAUACAUCUUAACUCAUCCUGGAACG